AGGCAUGAGUAGCAUGAAAAAAACUUUUUUUAAUCCCCUGUUUGGGUUACGUGAAAGAGUUCCCUAUUGUUUAAACUUCUGUUUUGUGAUCAUACUUGUGGAAAAGGACAGCAGUCUGAACGGUGCUUCCUUCUUGAAAGCUCAUCUCAUCAUCCAACAUGGCUGGCCAGGAAGAUCCCGUGCAGAGAGAGAUUCAUCAAGACUGGGCAAAUCGAGAGUAUAUAGAAGUGAUUACAAGCAGCAUAAAGAAAAUUGCUGAUUUUCUCAACUCGUUUGAUAUGUCUUGUCGGUCUCGUCUGGCCACCCUCAACGAGAAGUUAACAGCGUUGGAGAGAAGGAUUGAAUACAUAGAGGCCAGAGUGACCAAAGGAGAGACCCUGACCUAGAUCUCAUCAUGAGAAUUCCUAACAUCUUCAAACUGCUUCCCCAACCUUCACCCUGAAGUUUUUGGACUAAAUGUGCUGGACUCCACCAUCCUUUUGUGGGGGAUCAAGUGGACCAUUUUUAUAUUAAUUGGUUGAAUUUUCUGUUGUUUUUAUCUAAUGACUCAUUUGUAUGAAAUAUAUGGGUCUGUUUAACACAAACAUCAUUAUUUCAUUUAGAAUUAAGCAAAAUUAAGUAUUGGUUUCAACAGAUCCUGGGGCACAGUGAUUUUUUUUUUUUUGCUGUAAACAUGUAUGUAUACAAUGUCAUUACCAAAUCAGAGAUUAAUGGAAAAAAGGGUAAUUGUUUUUUUGUGCCAAGUUGAAAAAGUAAUUGUGUAGUCACCUUUAUUGAAAACCUGCCUGUACAUUAACUGUUUUGUGUGGAUGAAAAUUUAAAUGCUGUAAUAAAUUAUAAACAGUU